UACAAAUAAACAUUGCACAUGGUGAUAAAAUAAUGUGAUUUUACCUCCAGCCGACAUGCGGCGCUGCACCAAACAAGCACGCUGCAAUCGAUUGCUAUCCCUUCCAGGAGAGAAAACAAAGAAUAACAUUGUUGUUACCUAGCGUAAAGAUUCAAAACAUAUAAAUAAUGGUCAAGAAACAUAAAAAGCACAAGUCUGAAAAAUAUGAAGAGUACGGGGAGAGACCACUUAAAUUGGUUCUCAAGGUUGCUGGAAAUGAAGUGACGACUGGAAGCUCGAGCUUUGAAAACACAUUUGAUGAACAUCCAGAUUUAGAGAAACACAAGGACAAGAAAAAGAAGAAAAGGGAUAAGGAAAGGAUCGAUACCAUGUCACCAGUUGAUGACAAGAAAAAUAUGACGACGAAGAAGAAGAAGAAGAAGGGACAAGACGCUGAUACAGACUGGGAUGAUAGGGAGGCGAGCAGAACCCCUAUCCAUUCUGAUCUGGCAUCCUCCUUGAGUAAAGUGGAAGAGAAAGAACUGACCCCACUGCAGGAAGCCUUGAGUCAACUCAUCAGACAGCUCCAAAGGAAAGACCCAAGUGCGUUUUUCUCGUUCCCUGUGACUGACCUUAUCGCUCCUGGCUACUCCACGAUCAUCAAGCGGCCCAUGGACUUCGGCGCAAUGAAGGAGAAAGUCAAGAAUGAGUAUUACCAGUCACUAGAGGAGCUUAAGGAGGACUUCAGGAUCAUGUGUGAGAAUGCUAUGAUCUACAACAAGCCAGAGACCAUUUACCACAAAGCUGCCAGGAAGUUGCUCCACUCUGGCAUGAAGAUUCUCCGCCCGGAGAGGCUUGAGAGCCUGAGGCAGAGUAUUGAGUUCAUGGCUGACCUAGAGAACCCAGCCAACCAGUCAAGUAAGACUGGAGAGGUGGGGAACUCGAGCAUGGACCAGUGUAAAGACGGCCCCAGCCCCACAGAUCCUAGCGAGACUACCCAGUCUGCACCAAACACUCCCAGGAAAGACAACGACUCCAAAGACGAAGUGUCCAAGGUUGUCAGUCAGGCAGAGAAGGAGCUUGAGGAGAUCCGCAAGCUCAUUGACGAUUCGGGAGGCAAAUUGUCCAACAGAGGGCUGGAGAGUGAGCUGGACUUUGAGAGGAGAAAGUCUGAUGGUUCCACCACACUGGCAAUCCUGAACCCAGUCGACCUUGUGGCUGGAGAUGUGGGCUACUGCCCUGUGAAGCUGGGCAUGAUGUCCAACCGGCUGCAGAGUGGCAUCAACACCCUGCAGGGCUUUAAGGAGGACAAGAGGAACAUGGUCACACCAGUAUCGUACAUGAACUAUGGGCCGUACACCUCCUACGCGCCCGCCUACGACUCGAGCUUCGCCAACAUCGGGAAAGAGGACACUGACCUGAUCUACUCCUUCUAUGGAGAGGAAGCCAGCCUCCAGGGAUCUGAGAGCCUCUCGGAGUUCCUGUCCAAAUCGGAGGAGCACAUGUACAAACUGGCAGACAACCUCCUGGACGCGUUGACUAACGGGGAGCACUCCAAAACCCUGAGAGAGACCCGUCCAGAUGAGCAAGGGCCAACAGAAUCCUCUGAGACUGGAGACAAGGACAUGGAGGUGGUUGAACCCGAAGCCAGCAAGCAGGCUGUAAGCAGGAUAGCCUCCCUGGGCUCUGUGAUUGGCUUGGACUUCCAGAAUCCACCUGACCUCUCUGAGGAGGCCCAACAUUUCCAGCAGAAGUUGGAUGAGACUACAAAGCUCCUCUGCGAGCUGCAGGGAGCGCAGAGGGAACGCUUGAGUGUCAAGCAGCCCCUUAACAUCUGCCUGCUAGCCCCAACCACCAAGGAGCUGCAGCUGGUGGAGAAGGUGACUGGUAACCUGGCCCAACUGACCAGUCAGGUGGCUCCAGGAGAUGUGAGCAGUGUGUACGGGAUCAGGAGGGCCAUGGGCGUUGCUCUGCCCUUAGAGGCAGAUGAACCACUCUUAGACCUCACCACAGUGGAUGCUGAGCCGAUGGAUACCGUGCCUGAAGUUCAGCAGAUUCCAGUCAUCGCAGUAUAAUGGAAUUUCACAGCAACCAUCCUCCUGAUAACAUUUGUAGUGUACAAAAAAAUGUUCUUUGUUUGCAUUUCUUUUAAUAAACCUUUUAUAUUAAGCCA